CGGCCCAAAUUGAUUACUCGAGUAAGCCAGAGGCAGGGAAGCACCGAAGCAUGCCACCAAACACCCUGCAUCAUCAUAUCACCUGCGUGCAUACCAAAAUCACCCUGAUCUUCCCUCUGUAGUGACCUGAUUUCCUCCAUCGCCAUGUGUCCUUAGCAUGAUACCACUUGACCUAUUCUUACCGUCUCCAAGACAAGACCGUGUGCCUAUCCAUCAUUGUUUGAAGCCCAAGGGCUGCGUCACAGGCCAUGGAGCCUUUGCAUCGGACAAGCAGUUCAGAGAGCCAGCAAUCGAGAAGGAGCUCGUCGGCGUCGCAUAUUCUGUCGUCUCCCUUGCUGGAUCACAAAGCACACUAUGCCGAACCCGAUGUUGCUCGACUCAGCAGCGCCGCCGUCAAGAGGGCGAGUAUCAGCAUGCCACAUCCGUUAAAGUCAAAUCCCCAUCUUUCUCCACCUCCGCGACGAGCAUCCAGGGCCCAUUCCGAGCACAAUCUGCUGGCCCACGUCCUGCAAGCACACAGGAUGGCUUCUUCCAGUCUACCGGACUCGUCUGCCAUCAUCGACGACUCGGACGCGACUCCCAUCGACACGCACCACAACAGCGAACCCAACCUCGCCGUGCCCCGCCAAGAUAACGACGACUCGAAUCGCCUUUCUUUUUCCCUCUACCAAUUGGGCUCUGCUCUGUACGACCGUGCAAGGGGCGCUGUUUCAAGUACUCCUGCCAGUUCUGUCGCCGGUUCAGAAACGGAUGCCAAAAGC